GACUUUAUAGGGGAGAGAGAGAGAGAGAGAAGAGAAGACAAAGGUCAAAGCAAGGCAGUUGUGGCACUGUACAGGGGUAAUGAUUUUGGUUGGAAUGGCAGGAUGAGAAUUCAGAAGCUCGUGAUUUUUAUAUAUUUUGAGAGAGAAUUUUCUUCUACUACGAGUGUCCAGUAUAUUUCUUUUGCAGUGCAAGCAGGGGGGUAGAAUCAGAAGCCAGCAGGUAUUUUCAGAACCCCUUUAAGGAAUUUGCAGACCCUUUCUCAGCCUCACCUUCGUCUUUUCCUUUUCUCUUAUGAUCUCCCCCCCCCCUCUCUCUCUCUCUCUCUCUCUGCGCCAUUUGCUUACUUUUUCUUCUUGCUUUCCAAGGCCUGUGGGUGCAAUAUAUAUUGCUGCUUUAGAACUGAGACAGUCCCAACGGGUUUGAAAGAAUAUAACACUCGUUUGAGAAGCCAAACCAGACCAAAGGCGGCGGUUUUUUUUUUUAUUUUAUAUUAUUUUUGGGGAGGGGAAGAGGAGGUGAAAAAAGGUCGAGUUUUUCAGGGGGAUCUAGGAGGAUCCAGGUGGUCUAAGCUUGUUUAGAAGAGGAAAUCGGAGUACCCAUUUGGAUUUAAAGGAGAAAGAGCAAUUUUAAGAUCAAGAAGAUAGAAUGAGUUGUGGGAGAAAUGGAGCGGUGAGGCAGUAUAUAAGAUCAAAGGUGCCUCGUUUGAGAUGGACUCCUGAGCUCCAUCGCUGUUUUGUUCAUGCCAUUGAGAGGCUUGGUGGCCAGCACAAGGCUACUCCCAAGCUUGUUCUUCAAUUAAUGGAUGUCAAAGGACUAACCAUCUCACAUGUCAAGAGCCAUCUCCAGAUGUAUAGAAGCAUGAAGGGUACUGACCUGGGCAGACAAGUGACAGAUAAGAAUUCAACCCAGCAAAGAAAACAACCUUUUGAGGAGCAUGAUGAUGGGUGCGUUGAUGAAGAGAAUGAUGUGGGUUUUUACCCAUCUUCAAAACCCAUUGAGAAAGAAUCGGAUUCUCACUUGAUCAGCUACAGUCCUGUUCCCCCCAAAAGAGCUAGAAUUGAAACGAUGAGUUCAAUCUCUGAAAGCCUGCAAUGCAGCCGAAGAAUAAGCGAGACAGUCCCGAAUCCGUACUGUUUUGAUGAUUAUCUGCGGGCCAUGACUGAGCGUAAGAGAAUAAAGGAGGGUUGUGGUGGUUCAAGAUGGCAGACCCAGCCUCAAUCCACACCCACCUUCUUUCUGCCACAACAACAUCUUUACGACCUCAACCCUUUCAAAUAUGCAGUGCAGGAGUCUGAUUUCCUCAAGGUAUCCAGAGGCAUAGAGGAGGAGGAGGAGGAGGAUGAAAAGCACGCUCCACAAAGGAAUGCACAAGAAGUUGGUGGUUGUGAGUUGUCAUUAUCCCUGUCAUUGCCUAAUCCCUCCUCCCACAGAAGUAAUGCUUCUUCCAUGAGCGAGAUCAGCGAGGCAAUCUCAUCAUACUCAAGGUCUAACGAUAAAGAUUGCUCCAGUUCUUCCGGAAAGCAUGCCAUUAACUUAGAUCUAUCUGUAGCUCUAUGUGGUAACUAAUUUUUAGUCUUUCUAUAUUCUCUUCCUUCUUUGUAAUUUUUGCUAAGCUAGGGUUGAUCCCCAUCUGUUUCUUGUUUUGUUUUUGAAUUGUUUCACUUUAUUGACUCGAGAGUUUCUCAGAUACGAUGAUCAGAGAGAGACUAGGAAUGAGAAUGCCUUACGGUAAUAGCGUCAUUUCAAUUU